CUCAUGCCCUUAUAAUUCAAACGGUUUUGCGUCGGGUCGCGUGUUAAAUGUCGAACUGUUAUCGGUAGGCGUUUCGAAACUUUAGGGAUUGCAAGUUACCAGACUCAUUUCUUAGAAAAAAAAAAAAGACUAGCUUUCGCUUUGUUUUCCUAGGCUUUCUCGUCGACAUUGUGUUCCUAAGCGGAUACGGAGCAUUCUUCAUCAAAACAUUAACAAGCACCUCCACGGUAACGCGGUAAACACACACAAAAACUCUCCAAAAGGCGACAUCUCCAAAAACUGUAACUCGUAUAAAGGCUAAUCGUACGCGUAACUCAACUCGUUCAUGGAUAAUGUACGCGCCUCUGAGCCCGUGCGCUAUUCGCGGGUUACGCCACUUCGGUAACUGAACAGUCGAUAUGUUUAGAAAAAAAGCAAUAGCAUUAUGGACAAGGUGAUCCCGUGUUAAUAUUUUGUUUCACACUUCAUGUCUAAUUUUAGCUGGCACACGUUGACAAGUGAAGCGCUCACAAAAACACCUAUAAAAGCACAGUUUACAUGGCUUUUUUUGUCUAGCUUCAGGUUAUUUACCCUGUUUUCUAAACACUAUCGUUCUCGAAUGAAGCAAUGAGGAAACUUUUCAACAAGUCAUCUUUGCAACAUUCCAAUCAAUUUGAAUGGUAUCAGCGCAACUAGCAAGGUGUUAUGUGAUUGGUGGAGUCAGCAGGUGUGACAGGUGAUAAGCUGGCUAAACAAACUCGAACUGUUUCAAAUGCUCUCUUCUUUAACAACGCAUGCGUAUUGGCAGCAUUGAAUAAGUUUUUAAAUGUGUCGAUAAAGAUUGCCUUGUCGGACGCUGUAUUAAAUCCGGAAAUGGAGAAAGCAUUGGUUAAACUUGAACUGGGACAUCGAAUGUUAUCCCACGAUUAGGAAAUACGAACAAUGAAUGAUAAAUACUAAGGGUUUGAUAAGCUAUUCAGUCUCCCUUGGAAUCAUCACUGUUUUUAUUUUACAAUGUUUUGGCCAGCAAGAAUAAUUCGUCUUUUAUCUAAGCUUUUCACCGGUUCAUUGCCUCAGGUAUUUUGUAAUCGGUGAAACGUUGAUGACAAUUUUUGACCCGCUUGUGAUUUAAAGUAGCAUUUCAGAGCGGUGCAGAAGACAUGAUACGCAAACGGUUAUCUAAGACUACAUUUGUCUUUCUCUUUAUCAACUGCCUUCUGAUCGCUGCGGUCGUUAAGCUUUAUUCGUUUCAGUUUUGGGGAAAAGCGGAUGAGAAGCAAACGGCUCCUGCUGGACGAAAAUUGGUGGAAAAUGCACCGAGAGCAAGUGAAUCAAAAGGGUGUCUGCCAAAAAAGAAUGUAGUUUUCCUUAAAACGCACAAGACAGGUAGCAGUACUGUUACAAACAUAUUGAACCGGUUUGGCGAAAGGAACGGACUAGUUUUUGUCGUACCCACAGAAAAACAAAAUCGUUUAGGAUGGCCAUGGUUUUUUCAAGAGGAACACAUGAUUCAUUACAACAACACAAAACCCAACAUGCUUUGCAGUCACGCGCGCUACAACCGCGAAGUCCUGGACCGAGUCAUGCCUAACGACACCAUCUACGUGACGAUUCUGCGCGACCCAGUCUCCCAUUUUGAAUCCACUUUCUCGUAUAUGACUUUUGGUGAAAUACUGGGCAUUUCCAAUGAAACAGACCCCUUAAAGGCAUUCUUCGAAAAUCCCAAAGAUGUUUUAGUAAACUAUCUACUUACUCAAGACUUACGGAUAAACAGCGAUCGAUUGAAGCUUAUUCGAAAUGGAAUGUUCUUCGAUUUAGGUUUGGAAUCUAAAGACUUCGACAACAUGGAAGAAGUUCAGCGAAAUAUCAAAAGACUUGAUCAAGAGUUUCAUUUCGUUAUGAUAAUGGAGUAUUUUGACGAGUCCCUAAUCAUGCUAAAGAAUCUCCUCUGCUGGGAAAUAGACGAUAUUGUUUACUUUCAUCACAAUCAAAGACGCAAAGCACAAAAAAGAAAUAUUACAUCUGAUCUGGUCACCCAGAUUCAGCAAUGGAGUAGUGCUGAUAAAGCUUUGUAUGAUUAUUUCAGAGACGCGUUCUUGCAGAAACUAACAGAACAAACGAAAGAUUUCUCUCGUGAUAUAACAGAUUUGAGGACAAGAAACGCAGUCUUACGAGAGAUUUGCUUAAACUCUUCAUCAAGAAGCGAUGAAGGAUACCAGGAUGUCGAUAUUAAGGGAUUUAGAAUAAAUGAUAAUCUAACCCAGCCACUGAAGACAAUGUGCAGUAAGAUGACUUGGAAUGAAGUCAGAUAUCUUGGAUAUUUGAGAUAUAAACAAAAAAAGCUGUCAUCGGUACCUGUUACAAACACUCCAAGAACGUUAUGGAAUUAUCUUCGGACAUGGGUACCAUUUGUAUGAUAUAUGAAAUAAGUAAUAAUUCUUCAACAAUAGGUCAAGCGAACAAGAAGGAGUUAUUAGCUUCUGCUGCCAGACGAUAAACGGUACGUGUGCGCUCGUUUAGCCUCUAGCAGGCUGCGUUCAGUUAAAUAGGGCGCAGCGCAAAAAAUGGCACACGUAAAAAUCAUGAGAAAAAGGGCGGCGCGGGAGGGCGUUUCCGUCCUCUCAUCAAGCGUCUCUCUCUUUAUUUCGCUCCACAGUUUUUUCGCAGUGCGCCCCAACUAACUGGACCGCCGGGAACAGGCUAGCACUUGUUUUAAUCGAUUGCUCAUCGUUGCUUCUUGAAGGUGAAAUAAAGAGCUGUGAACGUGAAAGAAACGUGAACGUGAAAAUCAAAGCGAGCGUGUUGCUUCGCGACUCCUUGAACGUGUUAGAGUAAUAAAUGAUAAUCACUGUUCUGUUACUUGCCUUCACAAUCAUUUUUACAUUCGGCUAAACUGAGUCAAAAGCCGAUGUUCAGUGUUCAUACAA